AUGAAGCAGCAGAAGUAGUGCUGUGUAUAGUAGUGUGUGUGCUGAGAUGUGCAUCUUUGCCUUUGUCAGCGGUCCUGCCCUGCGCAUGAGUCAGUGUUCCAGGCAGAGCGGAGAAGGUGUGCCACAAUUGCUGCGCUGGCUCCUCGGCUAGACCUGUGGCGGAGCGCUGAGCUGCGGGUCGUAGUGGCGGAGCGCUGAGCUGCGGGUCGUAGUGGCGGAGCUGCGGGUCGUAGUGGCGGAGCGCUGUGGGUCAUUGCCGGGGAUGCUGAGACCUGGACAGCAGCCAGCCUCAGGCGAUGGAUUCCCCGUCCGCAGCGAUCCUGACUUCAGCACCUCGGACAGCAGCUCCAUAGAGAACAGCGCCGGGCGCCUCCUCCAGCACCAAGCCAUGGGGCUAGCAGGCAUGUAGGGAAGCCACCCUGGUCUCCAUCCAAUGAGGCGAUCCCUGCUGAUGGAUAUAAGCUGAGAAAUGCCCUUGCCAGAGAUUCUGCUGGCCGUUUUUCUCAUUGUCGUGUUUGUGGUGUCCCUACUCGCCAACCUGCUGGUUCUGAUCUGCUUUGUGUACAGUGCCGAGAUCAGGAAGCAAGUGUCUGGCAUCUUCCUGGUCAACCUGUCCCUGUGCAAUCUACUCCUGACUAUCCUCAACAUGCCCUCCACUUUCCUGGCCAUGCUCAGCCACCAGCAGCCCUUUGGCGACUGCCUGUGCAAGGCUCUGGGCUUCUUGGAAACUUUUCUGACUUCCAACACCAUGCUCAGCAUGGCAGCACUCAGCAUAGACAAAUGGAUCGCUGUGGUUUUCCCACUGAGUUACACCAGCAAGAUGAGGUAUAAGGACGCUGUGAUCAUGAUGGGCUACACCUGGCUGCACUCUCUCACCUUCCCCUUGGUUUCCUUGUUCCUCUCUUGGUUGGACUAUAGCAGCAUGUAUGCCUCUUGUACCUUACAGGUGCACGAAGCUCCAGAGAAAAAACGUUUUAUGGUGUUCACCAUCGUUUUUCACGCCGCCAGUUUCGUGCUGUCGCUGGUCAUUUUGUGCUUCACCUACUUAAAGGUGCUGAAAGUGGCACGAUUUCACUGCAGGAGGAUAGACAUUAUCACCAUGCAAACACUGGUGCUGCUUGUAGACAUACACCCCAGUGUGAAGCAGAGAUGUUUGAGUGAGCAAAAGAGAAGACGGCAACGGGCAACAAAGAAAAUCAGUAUUUUUAUAGGGUCUUUUGUGGUGUGCUUCGCUCCAUAUGUUAUCACAAGGUUGAUAGAGCUUCUUCCGUAUGUAAAAAUAAACAACUACUGGGGUAUGGCAAGCAAGUGCCUUGCAUACAGUAAAGCCGCAGCUGAUCCUUUUGUUUAUUCUCUUCUCCGUCAGCAGUACAAGAAAGUCCUACUCAAUAUUGUCAACAGGAUACUGAAGAGAGAACUGUAUCCUUCAUCUGGCUACAACAGCUCUUUGGACACUGAAAAUGACUAUUGCUUGCACAGAACAAGCUAGAAAGCCUCCCAAAGUCUCUAACGCAGCUCGGGACAAAGUUUUAGCACUUUGGGCAUUCAAGCCCUCUUUCGCUGGAGUAUUGGUAAAAUAAGGUCUCCUUGCAAAGAAAAGACUUAAAGUAUAUCUAAACCCAAGUUAAAAUUAUAUAUUUUAACUUACCGGUCCUUAGAUGAAGUAACUGCAUUGGUUUUGUAUUUCAGGUUACAUAGAGUAUGUUCUCCACAAGUACAGAACAUACCUAAAAUUAUAUAAGUCUGAUCAUGCUAAGUGCCACAUCCCAUAGGUAGAACCAUACACAAUUAGAUACGAUUAGGAACUUUUUAGGCACUUCAAACAAAUUAUUAUAAAAAUAAAAAUUUAUUGAUCAUAAAAAAUUAAUUAAAACUAUCAUAUAAAAUCAAAAGCUGAUCACCCACAAAAGUUUAUUUACAGAUACCUUUCUAACACCUAUGGGUGAUAACAGUGCCGAUCCUGACCUCCCUGGGGCCCUAAGCAAAA